AUGUCGGACUCAGAAGGCAAACCUGCCGCUGAUGCAGUCGUCGAGGCGUCUGGCUCAACACCAAUCAAGCCAAAAUGGAACCGUUCCGUUCUUUACAACGCCACGAUCCUCGGAAUGUGCAGUUUCGCAGCUCCCGGCCUCUGGGGCGCCAUGAACUCCCUCGGCGCAGGCGGUGCUCAAAAGCCGUAUCUUGUCAACACCGGCAACGCUCUCACCUUUUGCCUCAUGAUCAUCUCAUGCUGGUUCACAAGCGGCAUCGUCAAGUACGUCGGGAUCAAAGGCGCUCUCGUCAUCGGAACUAUCGGCUUUGCGCCGUACAGCGCGGGUCUUUACCUAAACAACCGAUACGGUGUGGAGUGGCUCGUUCUCUUCGGUGCGGCGUGCUGUGGUGUUUCUGCGGGCAUCUUCUGGGCGGCUGAGGCUGCUAUUGCCAUUGGAUAUCCUGAGCCGCGAAACCGAGGUCGGAUGGUGGCUUACUGGCUUUCUUGGACGAGGCUGGGACAGAUCAUGGGCGGUGCCAUCAACCUUGGUCUCAACGCAGAUCGGAACGAGGCUGGGAAGGUAUCUUACAAGGUCUACCUCAUCUUCAUCGCUCUCCAAGCACUGGGACCCUUCGUCGCAUUUCUUCUCAACAAACCCUCACAGGUCCAACGAGCGGAUGGUAAAAAGGUCGAUUUGAGUAUCUUUGACCACCCAUGGCAAGAGUUCAAGGCAACCACGCGAACAUUUCUCAAGAAGGAGUUCCUACUUAUCAUACUCUGGAUCGGUCAGGGCGUCUACUCAGAAGCCAUCUUCUUCACCUACAUCUCUCUGUGGUUCAGCGUAAGAGCCCGAGCACUCGGGUCAUUUGUUUCUGGCGUUGUAGCGAUCAUCGCGGGUAACCUACUCGGCGUCUGGCUCGACCAGAACCACCUCACUAUUAAAAAGCGCGCGCGAUGGGCAUACAUCGUGAUCUUUGUUCUGCAAGGAGGAUGGUGGAUCUGGCUGACCAUCAACGUUACCAAGUUCAACCGCGAGGGACCCAUCUACGACUGGAGCGAUUCUGGCUUUGGCGCUGGUUUCGGUGUUUUCAUUUUCCUCGUUACUGGCUUCCAGCUUAACUACAACUUCGCCUUCUUCAUCAUUGGGCAGAUCUCGAGCAGUCCUCAAGAAACAGUGCGGCUGUCUGCGUUGCUGCGAGGUACGGAGUCGGCCUGGCAGGCGCUCAGUUAUGGCCUCAAUGCACUGCCUAUCAUGGCGACUGUGGGAAGUACGUAUUUGAACUUUGGACUUUGGGCUAUCGCCAUUUAUCCGGCUUGGUUGGUGGUUAGGCAGCUAGGUACGGCCAAAGAGGAGGUCGGUGAUACGGAGACGGAGGCAGUUGAGAAGGCGUGA